UACACAGGCACCUUGCUGUGCUCGGCAGGUAUUUACCCAGCGCGCGCCGAACGCCAAAGAUUAAAACUAAUCCGUAAAGAAUCCUCGUUUCACCCGAGGCUAAAACAAGGUCUACAGAGUUCCACGUCUUCUGUCAAACUGCAUUUACAUCCCAAAGGGUGACACUAUCUGGCAUUUUAUCGUCUCGUUUCCUUAAGUUUGGAAUGUGGCUUUGCUGAGAUAUCAAUAUGUCACCGGAUGUAUUUUUCUAGCCGUGAUCUUACACUUCAUUCCAUAAUUGUGCUCGUGAAUCAAUAUUGAUUUUCCACUGUAGUCACGCAUCGUUUCCCGAAGUAUAUAUUAUACAAUCACAAAAGCGGUGAAGCCGCUAAGCUACGGAACCAAGAAGAGAAAUUCACGUUCAGAAAAUGACCGUUUAGAAGUGUUGCCAAAUGUUGGUUCGUCCUGACGGACAUGCGACGCUUCACCAUACACGUUGGUGCCUUCAUUUCGGCUCGAUUCCACAACCAACAUUUUGUUGACUUCAUCUCGUAACCGUGAUUACAAGACAAACAAUUUAUUACAAGAGAUUCAGCAUAAAUGAUACAAGACUGUCUUUAAUAAUGAUUGCAUCAAAAGCGUUUUAAGAGCAGGAACUAUGAAGAAGGCCAGACGAAAAUGGAGAUGGCUGUCAUGUUUGGGAAGACGAUCGAAGCGCUACAAUGUCAAUGAUUCUCCGUUUCACUGCUUUUACACCCGCCAAAGAAAAACAGAUGUUCUCGAAUCAUGGCCGACAUCGCCUGUUCUUCACAGCGAAGAAAAGAAUGCAAAAGAGAAAGAAAAAGCUCAUAAACUUUACCAAAAACAAUUGAAGUCUUCCAGUUGGUAUUUACAACCGCCACAAAGGACCUGGAUUGAGAUUGUGGAGUCGAAUGAUGAAACGGACACUUGUUCCCAGUGUUACUAUGACGACGCUUGUGGUUGCGUAUUGGUUAGAAACCGUGACAACAGCAUAACUCCGCCAAGCAGGAAAUCUGGGAGAAGUUCCUUUGGGGAUACCUUGAGCGUGGAAUCAGGUGCAAGGGCUUCGGCAAUUUCUAAGAACUCUACAGAAGAUGAGAGGUCGUUUUACGACAACUUGUGUCAGUUUUGCAAAGUCACGACGCUGGAAAGACGCGCGAGAAAAUACGGGGAAUGGAGAAGAAGGUUUAGCGCAAAGUUGGCCGAGGUUAGGACUCAGGACGAGGCAGAGUCACGUGUGUGCACAUGCGCGAUGGAUAACCUCUCGUUUAUUGAAUGGAAGAAAAUAUACGAGGAAGAAGCGUUAAUUAAGCUCUCCAGAGUCGAUCAUUUUCACGGAAUCUCACAAGUUGAAUUGAAUUCAAACUCGGAUUACAGCACACAAAAGUCAGAGAUGCACUCAGAUUACGGCACGCAUAAAUCAAAAGACAGCACUUCUACAGUUGCUAAUCGUGAUUAUCCUAGUUUAACGGUUAAGAGUUCCUCUUUAGGCUACAAUAGCUUGUCCUCCAUUCCUUACACAGAGCGUGGUUUGGACACUGAGUCAGAAUAUUCCUCUACAGAUGCGUCUGAUUCAGACGAGUCUGGAAACGAGGUUGGCUUACAUGCGGGGAGGUCACGCAUGCAUCCCCCGUUGCGCGUGUUUCGUGGAGUCAGACGUGACGAUGACGACGAGGUAUUUCGAGGAGCCUCAUUCAAACGAACGAGCCAAUCAAAACGCCGAAGAAGGCCGAGAUAUAGAAAUUCGUUGAAAACUAAAGCACAUUUGCAUAACGCGCGACCUAAGAUACAAUGUGAGGAAAUUCAAAAUGUUGUGUCUUCUGAAUUGUGUUCUGAAGGGGAGACUGUAACCUACUCCGAAGGCAACCGGACAUACUCCGAUGAUAUUCCGAAUGACGCCGAAAACUUUUCGAAAAUCCCAAAGGAAAAUGAUGAGACGCUUCCAGCCGACUUUCUCUCGGAAUUCUUAACGAUAGCACGAACGAUAGACGAAUUCUACGAAGGCAUUCAUGCUAAGAAGUUCCUAGAAAACCGAAUCCUUGACACAUCACGUGAAAGAAUUAAUAGAACAACUUUGUCACGUGAUAACCUCGCUUCUUCAUCAUCACGUGAUCCUGUUGACGUCACUCCUUCUACCAGCGGUCUGGAUAUGACUUCACUUGAAAACGUCGCCGACCGAGCUACGACGGAUAAUUUCUCGGCCGAACUUCGGAAACGAAUCCGUAGCCUCGAAAGACUAUGCUCCUUUGUCGACUAUAGCGACGAAGAUGAAUCGGAAACGGCCGGAAGCCUUUUGGAGGAUGAAAAAGAAUUAGGAACCGCACCCAAAGAAGAACCUCCAGUUUGGAGAUUAAGUCAACAGAGUAUCAAUCUGACGCUGUCGCGACGCAGUCGUUCAGGAACCGGCAGUGACUCGGCAAGCGGUCGGAGCCGACUGGCAUCGACUAGCGGGUCUGGGUCAGGCAACAGUCGCUCCUCAACGCGGCAAGGACAUUAUAAGACAACAAAACCAAGUGUCACGUCUGUUGAGAAUCUCAAGUCCCCAGAUUCUGGAUUUUCUGACUCGCUGACGGGAAUUAACUCCCCGGAGGUUUAUCAGUUAGGGACGAACUGGGCGGGAAGCAUGCAGUGGGAUUAUUCCGACUGGCAGUACUAUUACGGAGUACCCUGUCAUGAUGAACAGUUGGGGAUGUCAAAGGAUCAUUCAGGAUUGAGGACGAUAGACGAGACGCGACCACAGGAUCCAUUAGACUGGGACUUGUAACAGUUUUCCACUGAUUGAUAUACAGAACUUAACUGGACUACAUGUUUUAACCUAGGGUGGGACAACGUUCAAAUGUAAAUUAUUAAUCUCGACUGUAUGAAAUGAUCCAGCAGGAACUUUCCCUGACGCCAGACGUGACGUUUUGUGUCUACAAUAUUAGAACUGUUGUGUUCAAAUUGAAUACAUGGGCUUGGAGACUGAUGAUGUACAAUUUUGAACAAAAAUUGGUUGUUUAACUUGUUUUACAAUGAUUUACUUCACGUCUUCAUCUGUUUCUAUUAAAUCUAAUUCAUUGCACUCUUAGAUGGUGUUUACAAAAUGUAUACAGAGUAUAUAAUUUUUAUCCCCGUUGACUAAAUUUUUCUCUGUAAAAGUAAACUUUGUUUGGUAAAAAACUGUAAAUUUUCCUGGCCCAAAGACAAUAUAAACUAUAU